GUAAUUGUGUGUUCAGACCUGAUGACGGAGAUGAUGGACCUCAGCAGUGAUGUAGGGGGGCCGGGCCCCCCCCUGCUGGACUACAAGACGUAUGCAGAGCGGAUCUUCUUCCCCGGCCAGCAGGGGGCGCCGUUCAGCCGUCAGCUGGACCUGCCGGAGCACCGCCGCGUCACCGUGGAGACGGGCCUGCAGAACCUGAGCCUGCUGCUCAACAACCGGCUGUUCCUCACCAGGUUCAUCCACACUCUGGAGGCGCAGCAGGGCUUCUCUCAGAGGGACCGGGGCUACGUGGCCAGCCUUCUGACCGUCGCUCUGCACGACAAGCUGGAGUACUUCACCGAGGUGAUGAAGGGCCUCCUGCAGGACCUGGUGCAGCAGUAUGUGGCCAAGAACCCCAAACUCAUGCUGCGCCGGUACGUAAACAAACACACCCCAACUCAUGCUGCGCUGGUACGUAAACAAACACACCCCAACUCAUGCUGCGCCGAUAC